CAGCCGUUCAAACUCUCUCUCUCAAAUUUCAAAGUUCAAAAUCUCUCAACCUCCCACUUCUAGGAUACUCAACUCAAACCCAUCAGCAAAAUCAAAGAAAAAACCUUAGCUCACCAGAGAUCCCGACACCCAUACACGCAUCCUCUUUAAACCCAGAUCAGAGAGAGAGUAAGGGUUAGGGUUUGGAGAGAAUCGGGUGUAGAGAGAGACGCUUUUUAGACCCAAAUCAGAGAAGGUUAGGGUUUGGGUUUGUCCUCUUUAAACCCAGAUCAGAGAGAGAGUAAGGGUUGGGGUUUGGAGAGAAUCGGGUGUAGAGAGAGACAUUGAUGCUUUUCAGACCCAAAUCAGAGAAGGUUAGGGUUUGGGUUUGGAGAAAAUCGGGAAAGAGAGAGGUUGAUGAUCUUUCAGGUUUGAUCUAUGGAGGGAAUUGAGAUUGAGAGACAGAGAAAGAGAUUUUGGUCGAAGGAGAGAAGAAGCCACCAUCAGAGGUGGUGGUUGCGGUGAGCCAGCCUUGCCGAUUUGGUUCAGGCCCAAAUCAGAGAAGGUUAGGGUUUGGGUUUGGGCAGAAUCAGGAAAGAGAGAAGUUGAUGCUCAAUCUCCAUGGCUAUCGCUAGCAGCCACUGUGUUCCGCUCCACCAAUUCCGGCCGUGGUUCCGAUUGUUCUUGGCCGAGCUUCAUCUUGCAACCACCCUAUUGCCGGCGGCGGUGCAUAUAGACGGUGUUUACACCAUUGGUGGCCGCUGUAUGAUGAGUUUAAGUGUUUAUAGUCUAGCUGCUUGUGCAGACUGUGAGCAGAGUAACAUUAAGACUAAACAUGCCUUUACAGGGCUUCGAGUAACAAUUGAUUGCAAGCUAGAAAAUGGACACUUAAAGACAAGAGGGGUAGGGAAACUCGAUGAAGAAGGAAAGUUCAAAAUGUCUAUUCAUCGUAAGAUUGUAAAAGAUGGCAAACUGAAUGAAGAAUGCUAUGCACAGCUUCACAGUGCAUCAGCUGCACCAUGCCCUGCACAUAAUGGCCUAGAGUCUUCAAAAGUAGUAUUGUGACAUUUGUUAUUGUAAGGAUUGUAAGGAUUGAAUUUUGAUUGUAAGGAUUGUGACAGUUGUUAUUGUAAGGAUUGAAUUUUGAUUGUAAGGUUUGUGAUUGUAAGGAUUGUGACAGUUGUUAUUGUAAGGAUUGAAUUUUAAUUGUAAGGAUUGUGACAGGUGGAAUGUGGAUAUUUACAGAUAUUUGUAAGUAAAGAUUUUGACAAUUGUGGGCUA